AUGUCGGGCCGCGUCACGCUCCCUGCCGGGGCUGCAGAUGAUGCCCGACCCGGGGCCUCCAGCUCCAGCUCCUCCCGCAGCGCCAGCCGCAGGAAGAGGACCAGCUUCUCCAAGGAGCACGUGGAGCUGCUGCGGACGACCUUCGAGACCGACCCGUACCCGGGCAUCAGCCUCCGGGAGAGCCUGUCCCAAACCACCGGGCUGCCGGAGUCACGCAUCCAGGUGUGGUUCCAGAACCGAAGAGCUCGCACCCUGAAGUGUAAAGGAGCCAAGAAAGCCCUGUGGCAAUCGGAGAGCCCGGGCCACGCGGCGUUCCCCCCGGCCCACCGGGGGCCCCAGGGGCCCCCGCCCGCCUACCCGGCCCAGGUGAAGCAGGAGCUGGAGGAGGGCAGCUACUACGACCCCCGCCCCCCCGCGUACCCCGCCCCGGAGGAGCGCGCUCAGUACGGCCCCGUGUACGGGCCGCUGGACGGCGGGGCCAGCCCGCCGCUGAGGCCCUACUGGGCUCAGCCGGGCCCCGCCACGCCCCCCUGGUGCCAGUCCCCCCUGGAGAUGAGGUGCUACGGCUCCAGCCGGGACGCCCUGGCGUACCCGGGGUACCCGGGGUACCCGGGGCACGUGGCCUCCUCCACCUCCUCCUCCACCCCCGACACGCCCGACUCGGGCUACUGGGACCUGAGCCUGGAGAACAGCCCGGCCCUGGAGGGCCCGUACGCCCGGCCGGAGGAGUCCUGGAGUUCUCCGGAGCAGCCGGAGCAGCCGGAGCAGCCGGAGCAGCCGGAGCUCGCCCCGCUGCCCGUGCUGUCCCUGCAGGAGAUCCUGUCGGAGCUGGACGAGGUCUGGAUGGACGGCUGCUCCGCCCGGGACCAAGCAGCCUCAUAA